AGUAGUAAUUACUUAUGGGCGAUAUAUAAUCAACUUUCAGGAAAAGAAUAUAAAUUUAAACAUACGACUGAAGCAAUGUAUCAUCAGAAUCCAUCAGUUGAGGCAGUCCCUGCUUCGCUGCAAUCAUCAACUGCAAUGAAAAAUAACAGAUGGUUUUUCGCAGUUCCAUUAAUUGCUUUAUGCUGUGCCGGGAUAUUCGGUUUGCUAUUAUUAGCAACUGUUGUUUUAGCCUUGAUACCUGUGUAUCUACCAAAACAUGAUCAUGUAGUUCUAGCUAAUAAAACUGAUACUGAAGAACCCAUCGAAAAACAGAACCUUGUUGCAUCUGUUCGUGCUAUAUGA